CUCAAAUCAAAGCUACCCCUCCAAGCUUCUUUCGUGCUAUUAACCUUGAAGCAUUGGCCUAAAGCUAUACUCAUCUCCUCAACUACCAAAAGCCUUGCUUAUCAGAGAUGUCCGAUAGAACUGCAUUGGUCACCGGAGCCACUGGCCUACUAGGCAGACAGGUUGUAAGGGCCUUCGAAAGAGGCAAGUGGAACGUUAAAGGGACAGGUUACUCUCGCGCCGACGGGUCAUCGAUCCUCAAGGUCGAUCUAGUAAAUGCAGAGCAAGUAGAGGCUACCCUUGACAAUGUUAAGCCACAAGUUGUAGUUCACUGCGCCGCGAACCGAUUCCCUGACAAGUGUGACAACGAUCCCGAGGGGACGCGCGCCCUAAACGUCGAAGCUACUAGGAGACUUGCUUCCCUGUGCGCAGCGCGCGGUAUCUUCCUAAUCUAUAUAUCCACCGACUAUGUCUUCCCGGGAAAGCCUGGCGAGGCACCGUACGAGGCGGAUGCAAAGCCGCAACCUACCAACUUAUACGGGCAGACGAAGCUAGAUGGGGAGCAGGUUGUACUGGAGGAGUAUCAACGCGCUGGCAAGGCAGGUCUUGGUGUUGUCCUACGUGUUCCCGUAUUAUACGGUGAUGCCGAGGUGCCAUCUGAGAGCGCUGUGAAUGUGCUUAUGGAAUCUGUCUGGAAAGCACAAGAACCAGGUGCUAAGAUUAAGAUGGACCACUGGGCUCUCCGUUACCCUACCAAUACCGAAGAUGUAGGACGGGUGUGUUACGAUAUUUCCCUGAAAUAUCUAAGCACGGAUGAUCCAUCUAAAUUACCUUAUAUCUUACAAUUCUCUUCAGAGAGCAAGUAUACCAAGUAUGAGAUCUGCCAGCUCUUCGGCGAAAUCAUGGGUCUAUCGAUCGCAGCCAUCGAGCCCAAUACCGAAGGGAACGACCCGAAUGCUUCCGUCCAGAGGCCGUACGACUGCCACCUCAGCACGAAGGCACUCAAAGAUAUCGGCAUAGACGUGGCUACUCAAGAUUUUACCGGUUGGUGGAGGUGGAGUGUUAAAGCAUUUAGAAAAUGAGAGUCUAAGAUGUUUGCCUGGUGGCAUAACGAAUUUUACCUAUAAGGAAGCCAAACAUUUAAUCCCCGAAGUUUUAGCCAAAGCUAUAAUUACUUACCUACCAUAGCAGUAAUGGAUAAUUGCUCAAAAUAAUUCUUUAUAUAAAUUAUCAUAUUAGUUAUAAUAAACGUUAAAAUGGAUAAUAUUAUAAUAAUAUAC